AUGAAACCUUCAAAGCUUGCUAUUCACUUGAAUAAGUGCCAUCCUGAUCUUCAAACAAAAGAUACUGAUUUUUUCAAAAGAAAAUUUGAAUCACUGAAGAGAUGCAAAUUGGAUAAAACUGGGAUUAUUUACCAAACUCAACAGAAUAUAGUAGAAGCAUCCUAUAAGGUUUCAUAUAUAAUAGCACAGAACAAAAAAGCUCACACAUUGGCUGAAGAAGUUAUACUUCCAUGUACAAAAGAAAUCGUUAGAUUAUUAUUUGGAGAAGAAGCUGCAAAGAAGGUAGAUAAUAUAUCUUUAUCAAAUACUACAGUCAAACGAAGGCUUACUGAUAUUUCAUCAAAGAUUAAAGAAAAUGUUAUUAAUGAAAUUAAAGAAUCCCCAUAUUUUUCUAUUCAGUUGGAUGAGUCCACAGAUUUUUUCAAUGACAAUCAAUUACAAUGGAAAUAUUUGUUUGGAAUUACUACUGAUGGAGCUCCUGCCAUGAUGGGUUGUAAGUCUGGAUUACAGACUAGGGUGAAAGAGAUUGCUCCAAAUGUAGUUGGUGUACACUGUUUUAUUCAUAGACAGGCUUUGGCAACCAAAACUUUACCAGGUAAUUUGAAAACUGUAUUUAAUCAAUUAGUCAAGUUGGUCAAUUAUUUAAAAUCUUCUGCUCUUAACACUCGCCUUUUUACAAAAUUUUGCUCUGACCUAAAUGCUGAACACAAUAAGUUAUUGUUUUAUACUUCUGUGCGAUGGCUAUCUGCUGGAAAUUUUUUGGAAAGAUUUUUCAUGCUUAGAAAUGAAGUGAAAGAAUUUUUAUGUCAAAUGAAAAGUGGACUGGUAGAAUAUUUUGAAUUUGAUAAUUUUGAAAUAACAACUGCUUAUCUUGUGGACAUCGUAGGUCAUUUUAACAAGUUAAAUUUGCAACUUCAAGGCAAAAAUGCUAAUGUUAUUACACAUUCAGAUAAACUGAAGGCAUUUAUUGAAAAGCUCAAACUGUACAAGACUAGAAUUAAUAAUGGAAACUUGAUCAUGUUUCAAAAUUUAAAUAACAUAAUUGGAGUUAACAUGCUUCCUGAAGUUAUAAAGACAGAAAUAGUUUGUCACCUAGAUAAUUUGAUUACUGAAUUUGGUAACUAUUUUCCAGAUAUGAAUCUUUUGAGCAGUGAAGUUAUUAUAUCACCAUUUUCUUGUGAUGUGAAAAAUGUGAAAGAGGAAGCACAAGAAGAGUUUAUAGAGUUAAAGAAUGAUACCACGGCUAAGGAUCACUUCAAAGUAGCACCAUUAAAUAACUUCUGGUUGAAAAUGAGGAAUUCAUAUCCAUUGUGUUCAUCAAUUGCACUUAAAGCCCUUAUAUCUUUUUCAACAUCAUAUUUGUGUGAAGCCGGGUUUUCAGCAAUGCUAUCUCUUAAAACAAAAAAAAGAAAUAUACUUGAUAUUGAUGCAGAUAUUAGAUGUGCUCUAUCAAAAACUAAACCAAAUUUUCAGAUAUUAAUUGCUAGUAAGCAGUGUCAGAAUUCACACUGA